AUGGAAAAGAAGGGGUGCGACGGCAUGGCGAAACCAAAGGGGACGGGUAGGCGGAUACAAAAGGUGCGACGGGUCAUGCGAGAAGAAAGGGGCACGGGUAUCAAAGCAAGGGGGAGGCAGGCGAAACAAAGGGACGAGGGGAUACUAAAAGGUCACGAGAAAAUGAGCAAACUUAUUAAAUGGAGUAUUCUGGCUCUUGUCGUUGUGGGAGUUCUUGCUGCUGCAGCUGCUGUUCUUAUCGUUCUGUUAAGAAAUAGGAGCAAAAGUGUUUCAGAAGAAGAUGAUGAUUAUAAAACUACUUCGAAGAAGUGGUCAACAGCCGCACGAUCAACUCGAGACGUUUUGACGGAAUUCCCAACAUCUACAGCCACUCGGGGUGAUCCUGAUGAAAAAUCGACUACUGAAUUACCUCACCGGGAACAGCCACACUGUCUCUUUGUUGGUGAUCUAUACAAUUUCGGGAGCAACAAUGAAGCAUACGAUGAAGAAGGAAACCUUAUCGCUGACAUUGGUUACUCUCUUCUUGAACAAUCACCGACUUCGACAAUAGGAUUUUGGGCGUAUGGGCACACAAAAAUCCCAAAAUCUCCGAUAACCGCUCUCGAUAGGAUGAGUCAGAAAUACGUUGACUUCGUCCAUGCUUUGGAAGAAAUGGAAUACGUUCAAGUUGAGGAUCCCCUGUCAACAUCACAGGCAAUAGAGGUAAUCAACAAAGCAGAUGAUAAGAGCAAUCGUGCGAAUUGCCUGAUCUUCUUCUCAGCGCAACCGGACUCCGAAAACCUACCACGAUUAGAUCCAAAGAACAUGAACAUUGACAGGAUUGUGGCAAUUGGCUUUAACAGUACGGAUCUUAGUUAUAUAACUGCAAAAAAUGCUGUGGCUUUAAGUAUUCCAUAUGAAUACAAUUCUGCACAUGUGGAUGCUGUCAUAAAAGCUAUUAAAAUCACUACGAAAAAGACAAGCAAAGUUAAUUCACCAGCAUCACCUCGAAGGCAAACAACGCGUAGGCAAAUCUCGACAAGAGAAGUCCCAGACAUCAACGAACCUCACUGUGUGUACGCCGGAGAUUUGCUUAAUUUCGGAAAUGAUACAAUCUUAUACGAAAAGGAAAGAGAUUUUAUUAUCAAGAUCGGUAAGAAAAUAUUCGAGAGCGGUACACGAUCGAGAGCUGGAUUCUGGACAUACGGUUACACUAGUGGUCCACGUGGUGUGAAAAGUACAUUCGAGAAUAUGGUGGAAAAUGUUGACGAUUUCAUAUCGGAUGUUAACAAGAAAAUGAAGUAUGAGGCAGUUGAGAAACCAAAUUUAACAACAAAAGGGGCAAUAGCAAACCUCAACAAUGCGAGCGAUGGAAACAGAAACGCGAACUGUUUAGUUUUCUUUACAGGCAUAGAGGAUCCAACAGGCCUGUCUAAAUUGAAUCCAUCUAAGAAUGUCAAAUUGGACAGAAUAGUGGCAGUUAGUCUGAAAGGUUCGGAUUUGAGCAACAUCGUCGUAAAACCAAAAGGGACAGCCGUCAACGUUUCCAGCGAUUUUACAGACGAAGACGUCAAAAAUGUUGUUGACGCUAUUCGGAUUACAUUUAAUGUAUAA